AUGGUGAUCUCGGUGGCCACUCCCCGCCGCUCCACCUCCAUACGCGACGCCGUGCUGGGCGGCGUGCUCGGCGGCGGCGGGCGCCAGCUGUACCAGCCCCUCCGCUGCGCCUUCUACGACGGCGCGGCUGGGGGCGGUGGCGGUGGAUUGCCCGGGGAUGGCCUGGCCGCCGCGCUCUCCGAGGAGCCCACCCGCGUCUCCGCCGCCGGCGGCGGCGGCAAGCAGAAGCAGGCGGCGAGGAACGUGCUGAUCCUGAUGAGCGACACCGGCGGCGGCCACCGCGCCUCGGCUGAGGCCCUGCGCGACGCCUUCCGCAUCGAGUUCGGCGACGCCUACAAGGUGUUCGUGACGGAUUUGGGGAAGGAGUACGGCGGGUGGCCGCUGAACGACAUGGAGCGGUCGUACAAGUUCAUGAUCCGACACGUGAGGCUCUGGAAGGUGGCGUUCCACGGCACCUCCCCGCGAUGGGUGCACGGCAUGUACCUCGCCGCGCUUGCCUACUACUACGCCAACGAGGUGGUGGCUGGGAUCAUGAAGUACGAGCCGGACAUCAUCAUCAGCGUGCACCCGCUGAUGCAGCACAUCCCGCUGUGGGUGCUCAAGUGGCAGAGCCUACACCCCAAGGUGCCCUUCGUCACCGUCAUCACCGACCUCAACACCUGCCACCCGACAUGGUUCCACCACGGCGUGACAAGGUGCUACUGCCCGUCCGCCGAAGUGGCAAACAGGGCCCUGCUGCGCGGCCUCGCCCCGUCCCAGGUCCGCGUCUUCGGGCUGCCCAUCCGGCCCUCCUUCUGCCGCGCCGUGCUCGACAAGGAUGAAGUGAGGAAAGAGCUUGGACUGGAUCCUCGGCUGCCCGCUGUUCUGCUGAUGGGAGGCGGCGAGGGGAUGGGUCCGGUGGAGGAGACCGCGAGGGCCCUCGGUGAGGAGCUCUACGAGCACCGGAGACGGCGCCGGAUGGGGCAGGUCGUUGUCAUAUGCGGCAGGAACCAGGCGCUGCGGUCCACCCUGCAGUCCCUCAGAUGGAAGGUCCCUGUCAAGAUCAGAGGGUUCGAAACACAGAUGGAGAAGUGGAUGGCCGCCUGCGAUUGCAUCAUCACAAAAGCUGGUCCUGGUACAAUUGCAGAGGCACUUAUAAGAGGACUUCCUAUUAUCCUGAACGACUUCAUCCCUGGACAGGAAGUUGGAAACGUGCCUUAUGUCGUGGGCAACGGUGCCGGUGUGUUCUCCAAGGACCCAAGGGAGGCUGCAAGACAGGUUGCGCGCUGGUUCAGUACAGAAGAGGAUGAGCUCAAGAGAUACUCACGUAACGCGCUGAAGCUAGCACAACCCGAAGCCGUGUUUCACAUCGUCAAGGACAUCCACAAGCUCCAGCAACAACCAGCUGCAGUUACCCGGAUCCCCUACUCGUUGACCUCAUCGAUUCCGUACCAUAUAUGA